UUGUAAACAUCAGUCACUCUUCAACUAUCCAACUGACAAGUUCGUUGUAUUAAUAAACGCGCAAAAAACAAUUGUGUAAAACUUAUAACGGAUAUUAAAUAAAUUGUUAAAAAGAAAAUAAUAUAAAAAAAUCAUAUUUCAAUUAUAAAAUAAAGUGUUUAAAAAGAAAAAAUCCUUUAGGGGUGUGAGUCUUUACAAAAUUAGAAAAACAAAUACCUAAACAAAGCACUUGUUUAUAAAAAGUAAAAAAAUAACAACAAAUUAACAUUUCUUAGCAAAAUUAAAAGUUUUUGUUGCAAAAAAAAAGCUACCAAUAAUUAAAAUGUCUGUCUCCUCAAAUGCUUCUUCGGCUGCCUCCUCCGUUUCGGGAGCCAACACCUCAAAUGGACGCCGUUCCUCAUUGGGCCGGCCCAAUAGCUGUGAUUCGGGCUCCACCGACUCCUCCGAAUUGUCACACAUUCUCAAUAGACGCCAGGUGAUUAUCGACUCCCAGGAGGCAGGCAUUGAAGUACCACACAGUUUCAAAGUGGUCAAUGUUUAUACAGAAUUUCAUGAGUUUUCACGCAAACAAAUAAAGGAUUAUCAAAAAACUUUUAAUACGUAAGUUAUUUUACAACUUUU